AUGAUCAAUAGGGACUGUGGCGGCCGAAGCAUCACAUUCUUCCGUUUUUCUUUUGAAAUUGUCUUGAACGUCGGAAUUUUAGAAAAGAUCAUAAAAAUAUACGAUAUCGAAACGUGGGAGAAGAGUUGCGAUGAAGAAAAGGGGAAGGAGGAAGGCGGUUUCUUGCUAACAUUGUUUGAACAAGUGUUUUCGCGCCACUUUGGCCUCGCCUCCUCCGACAGCGCCGCCCCCAUAAAAUUGUUCUGAAUCCAGCCGAAAAAAUACAGCACUUUGAAAAAUUGCUUUUUUUUUUCUUCAGAAAUCGCAGUGUCAUUUUUUCUUCAUUUUCAAGAAAAGUAACGAGUAAGUGGUGGCUUUCUGGAUAUUCCAUCUCAAAGGUCAGAGCUGUCAGCCGCAUAACAUUUCCGUUGCUGAAUAAUUAAGAAAGCGGGCGAUUGAGAAAACGCGAGCUUCGAAGGAAAUUUCUCCACGGCGUUCUUCUGAAUUAUUAUGAGAGGAAAUAAUGACACUUGCAUUGCAAUGAGCUGGAAACAACGACUUGAAUUGAAAGGGAGCGUUGAGAAAACUAAAAAAAACUUCAUAUAAACUUCAGUGGGGCUGUUGGGGUUAUUAAUUUUCUGGGUGGUCCUCGCCGUUCCAAUUAUUUCUAGUUUUGCGAACUUUCGCUUGCUUUUUCCUUUUGCAAGUCUGAAGCCAUUCGACGAGCUUCUGGAAGUCAGAUCAGAAGGCUAAUUGGGAGAAAAAUAUGACCUCGAUAAAUUUGAAAAUAAAAGGAAAUUUUGCUCGACUGCCUGAACCUAUCCAUAUUUCUGAGAGAUCGAUUCCGCGGCGCCGCCCUGCCUGAUUCCGUAUUCUAUACAACACUACACGGCGGCUUUCAUCAAUUUGUCGCUUUGCUGACGGAUAAGCCUUCCUUUUACACUGGCGCGCACUUGCUCCUUUUUUCAACCCGAUAGAAUUGACGCACGUCUUCGUUUCUUUUUCUUUUCACCGCGCACCGCGCACCGCCUUCUGCAGAAUUCUGCGACCCAUAUGCUUGGCUAUCAGCUCCUUUCUCUCGAUUAGGAUGUAGCUUUUUUCGAUUUCAAUUAUAGCCUCUAAGAGACCGAGUUUUUCAGGCUUUUUUUUUCAAUCUUCCAUUUUUGCGUUAAGCUUCUUCUUUAUGCGAAUCUACUUUUCCCGUUCUAUCAAGAAAUUGAUAAAACGGGAAAGAAGAUUACACACAGUACUGAAAGUUCAUUUUUUUUUUUCACUUUUGGUUCAUUUUUAAACUUGUUAUAUUCAGAAGUUUUUAAAAACAAUUCUAUUGGUUUUUCAAUGACGAAGGAACAAUUAUAAGUUUUUUUUUCAAAGCAGAUUUUUUAAAGUUCGAUCUUUGAAGCCAGUAGAUCCUAAGGACCCUUCAGAAAAAAAUUUUUGCAACCAUAAAAUAGUCAAUUUUAACAGACUGGCUUUGUGCUCUGUAAUGAAACCUAAUUCACGACUAAUAAAUUAUUUGCAAAAAAUUGUUUGCUUCUUUUUUUUCCCAUGUCCUAACCGUAGUAAUGAAAGUUUAUGAAGUUUAUUAAAGAAGAGAAGCCCUUUCACUCAAUUGCUCAACGAUCCUUUCGUUUCGUUUUUUUUCUCGUAGAGCAUUAACAUUCCAAACAAGCGAUUGAAGGCGUAGAAAAGCGUUGAAAUUUUUUUGCAAUCGAAACUAGAAGCGGUUAGUAAUUAAUCGAAGAGUUGCAGGUGGAAUAUCCAGCGGUUAAGACUCGUAUUUGAACUGCAGUUUGUUGGAUCCAUCCGGCGACGUAAGUCUCUUAUUUCUUUAUUCCAACUCUCUUUUCUCUUAUUUUCACUUUUCGUCGAUAAUAAUUACAAUUUACGAUUCAUUCAGUCUUCAGAGUGAGAUGUAGAAAAACUCUCUGCUGAAUCAUGGUAUAAUUGAAGAGUUAGUCGUCGUUGCGGGUUACGGUCCACAAUCGUUGUCCAAUAAGUCCCGGCGUGACAGCUGAAGUUGGGAAAUAAUGUGGUCCCGUUGGUAGUACCAGCGAAUAAACUGCUUCAUCAUGUUUUUUCGUCGAUGUUAUCGCAAAAAUAAAAAAUAAAGUUAAUUUGAUAUCGUUGCGACUGAAGAGGUCAUUAGGAAUUUGCGCGCGAGACAAUGAGCUGCAAUGGCCUUUCUUCUUCGACGUAGCUCAUUAUGCGGUUGGCGGCGUGAUGUCGCGAAAACGAGCCAUCCGGAGCAAAAAGAGCAAAUUGCAGGGGAGCGUGGAUGGCGCCGUCUGGUGGCCGCUCGCUCUCGUCCAGAAGUCCUCCUGUCGUCCGCAAGCGAGCCAGUUUCCGCCUAACUCUGGUUAAUUUUUUUCACAAUGAUUUGGUAGAGAUCGAAAACUGAAAAAGAAACUGUUCUCUAACUUGCUGUGCGAGACUGUGACAAAGGAAAUCUAUUAGGGCGUACUUUCUGCAUGCUCAAGACUUUUGAGGAAAAUCUCUAAUUUCUUCGACUAUUUUCUCAGGGAAUUUAGUCUCAGAAAAACAUUUAGACAGACUUCUUUUUGUUUUUCAUUUUAUUAUUCUCAAUUAAUGUGAUAAAUUCCAAAAUAUACUCUUGAUCAUUAAAAAAUAUUUGAUUCCUUUUUUAUUUUCAAUCGUUUUGUCAAACUACCAUUCACUAUUUCAAGCUGUUUUUAAAUUUGCCCGACUUUUUUUCUUUUUCGUAAACAGCUUUGGGGCCCAUAAAAAUUAAAUGUCUGUUUUAAAAAAGUAUAAAUCAAAAAGUAAAAUGAAACUGAAGCAUUCCUAAUAAAGAGAUAAGAAAUUAUUUUUUUUUGUCCUAACGCUUUCUAGCUUAUUAAUAUUGUGGGACCUGAGAUAACGGCGUUUCGUUAACUUUAAAAAACGUAUUUUUGGUUUUUCUUCUAGUUAUUCGAUAUUUCUGUCAAGUUUAUUCGUUUUUUUUUCUUCUCAGAAAUCUUCUCUGCUUCGUUUUUUUUUUUUCAUAAAAUCUUCUUUCUUCUUACCAACGGUUAUUAUUUUUUUCAUAAGAAAAAGUAACAUAUAGAACGCACUAUUUAAGUAUUCAAGAACUUCUUAAAAUAAACUCCUUUCCAGCUUCUACAUGCGAUAAUCGGAUGCGUCUUCAGCGCGUUAAUAUUCUGCGCUGCAAUCGUCAUUCUUCCAUUUCUCGUUCUUCUACGGUUUUUCGGUCUUUUCAAGCAAAGUGGAGAACGAUUUGAGCAUCAGUAAGUCCCAAAAAAGUACCUUUUGGUGGAAAUCUCAUGGCUGUAUUAUGAUAUGGAUUCCUCCUUUUUUGGGAGGAAGUAGUUCUUGUUGGGAAAAGUAUGCAAGGGUUCAUUGCUAAUCCGAUAGUUUUUUCCCUUUGAUAUCAUACACUUGGUUAUCCGCAACUUAAUUCCGGAAUACGAGAAAAUGAAUACAUAAUCGUAACUUGAUUUUUAAAUUGUUUAGUCGAAAUGUUUCACACUAGUCAGUGACAUAGGUCUAUUCUAGAAAUGAGUUUUGUUUUCUUGAACUGUAAGAAAUAUAUAAUUUCUCGGAAUAAAGAACAUAAUUGAGAAGGUGCUCUCACAACUGGCCUCUGUGCGGCAAGGGAAACGACGUCGCCUGUCUUUUUUUGGAGGGAGAUGUUUCUGUCGAAAACCUCCGGCAGCUGGUUGGAACUCCGAGUCAUCUUUUUACAAGCUUGUUUCAGUUGACUCGUUUCUGCACUUUCCUCCAAAAAGUUUCAUCGACUCCCAGCAACCAAAUCGGCCAGCUGUGGGAUCAAGAGUUAGUUUUUGCCUUUUAAUUCUUCGAAGAGACUUCUUUCUAGACUCUAUUAUUGGUUUUGAAUACACCAGUGGAAACACUCAUUAGCACUUCAUUCUAUAGACAACAGUUAUCAAGAUAAAUCCACUAGAAUAAAGGAAUAUUGCACAUUCAAACCGACCUUCUUGAACACUAUCGCACGAUUACCGUAGUAAGUAACUGUUGCGAUACCGUGUUUUGCGGGCGAUAUGAGUUUAAAUUUUUUUCCGAGGGAUAAUUUUUUGUCUGAUGACAUGUUCAAAGAUCUUUCCGAGCUCACAUAAUUAUUGAGGUGAGUAAUUGUUAUAGGGCACCUGAAAUAACACCCAUUUAAUAAGUCCUCGGCUUUAUAAUUUUCCUUGCUCAACAAAAAUAUCUUUGAACGCGCCAAAAGACUUUUUGAUGCUUUUCUCUGAUUAUUAGCCUUUAUUUAGGCUAUCUAUGAAACUGUUUUUUUUUAAAGAAUUUUGAAAUAAAGAGAAUGAAAAAAAUCCAUCCAUAUUCUUUUAUAUGAAAGAAAUCCUCCAUUUCGCAAAUUUUUUUGUAUAAUUUCAAAAUGAAACAAGUUGAAAAAAAAAGUUUCUCAGGAAAAUGUGAAGUACACUAGAAAGAACUGUGGCUUGAUCAUACAUGGGCAGACCCUUUUAAAAGACCGCCAGAACCUCAGCUCGAAUUUUUCAAAUGAAAAUUAGUACUACUUCCAUGAGAUGAAAAGUUGAUCUUACUCCUCAAUUUUCACAAUAUUUUUUAGUGAAUUUCGUUCGUACGACUCAUUAAGUUCUUUACUCACCCUCGUAUGGGCUCGAUUUCUCAAAUCUUUUCAAAUUUUUUUGAGCUUCGUUAUGGAAGCUCAAACAUUUGAAAGAUUAAUCUUAUUAUCUUAAUUUCUUUGAAAAAUCCAGUAUUGUUUGAAACUCUAGAAGUUAGACGGGACGAUGUUAAAUUGAUAAAUUAAUCAUAAACAGACGACGACGACUUCGGAACUUGAAAGACCUGCAAAGAGUUUUGAGCGACGUCGUGACGUCAUCUUCCGAAGCUCUCACUGUUUCAAUCGUUAAGGACUUUGAAUCCGACGCCGACGUUCGUUUCAUCUCCUGAAACGAAAAAAGGCUUUUUAGAGCUCUCCUCGGACGCUGAUUCUGAUCUCGUGCUCGGCGGUGACUCCAAAUCUCUGCAUUUUUCGCACGCAAUGUAUCAUGUCCAGUUUUCAGCUACUGUGUAUUUCGGUUAGAAUUUUUUUUUUUCUGAAACCGAUUUGUUGUAGGGAAAACAAAUAAGCCAAAUUUCUCUGUAUUUUCAUAUGCUAUAUUGAGUUUUUGGGAAGCUACAGAUAAGACUCCUCUCCCACAUCCCUUUUUUCAGCUAGAGCCUCAACACAACACGAUCUCCUUGUCGCGCUACUCAAGAACGUUCUACAAAAGAAUUCUAAACGCUGUUCAGGUUGAAGAUUUCGCUUUUCUGUUCGAAAAAACUUCUGAAUAUAAUCAAUUUUUGCGGAUUUAAAAAGCGAAAAAGCCAGGUCGGCGAAGGUGAUUCUUUGCGAUCACGAUAACGCUUUCGCCGGUGAACUAGAAGUCGAAAGCGACCUAGAAAACAAAAAUAAGUCCUUUAUAUCUUUGUUGAACAAUAUUCGAUAAUGUUUUCAUUUCUUUUCGCAACGUUCUAAUUUUUGAACAUGUCAUAAUUGAACGUGUUGCAAUUUACAUUUAGCGAAUUACCUAGAAGCUCACUUCAUACCGUGCCGCACUACUUAUAGUCAAAUUUUCCCUCAUUUAUUUUGUUUUAGUGCGCCGUAGUGGGUCCCUGGAUGAUGGUAUGUCUGGCGAUUCGCCAGCCGUGCGUCAUGUGGAAGCAGAUCGAGCACAAGCACGGCUCUGUCGCAAAACCGAGGUACUGAAAGGAAAUCAAUCACCAGAGACUCCGUUUUCUCAGACGGAGGUUGGAAGACAGCCGCCACGGCGACCAGGUACAGCAGGCGCCUCUGACGUCUUCUGUACAAAUCAGCGUUCCGCGUCAGUUUUUUUUCCUUUUCUUUUUGGCUACAACUUCUAGAUUCGUUUAUGGCUGAAAACAGAUUCAAUCAUUGGAAAAAAUGUUUUCAACCAUUGAAGAUUCAUCAAACACAAAAAAAAGACAACAAAGUUUGAAAUUGAAUUUGGAGCCUAUACCUUGAGUCAGCUUUAAAUAUAUUGUUUUAAUAAAAGAAGUCUUCUUUUUUUAGAUUUCAGAAGAAACUUUCAAACCCCGUUUUUUUGGCAAAAAAAAACAAUAAAGAAAAAAAAAAUUUCUAUGAAAGAGCAUCCUUAUUGGCAGCACUUAGUGAAGGGAAUUAUAGUUCUUGAAGUUCAUUGAAAGUUUUUUAGUGCUAAAUGAAAAAAAAAAUCCCCUCCAACAGAAUAAAAGCAUUUGAAAACUACAAACCGAAGUAGACAAAGUUCAUUUGAAAAAUAGCCUUUUUUAGCAGAAGAAGAGAAAGAACGCGUGACGGUCUGGUGUGACCUUCCCUCGCCGGAGAUGCUCAACCGAGCCGAAAAGUUGCUCCGAGCGACGAGCGAAGAACUUCUGCUCUCUUUGGUGGCCAGCACCCUCAGACAUCACUUCAGGAGCGAGGUUUCCGGAGGCGACUUUCCAAAAGUGCCAGAUUGCCUCAGGGAGUUCUCCAUCCGCCGGACGUCGGCGUCUGCGUCCCCAUGAGCUGUCGUUCUUUCCGGCCCGUCACGUCUUCUAGGAUCUGCGACACGCUUCUUGUGCCCUUCCAGCUGCCGACGAGCGUCGAAGGUGUGCAGUCAAACUUUUUGGAAAACAAUAGUCUUUGCGAAAAAGGUUAAAUAUAGCACUUUGUUUGGAGUUCCUUGUGUAGUGUUCAAUUUAAAUUUUUCUGGGAUCAAGGUCUGAAUUUUAAAAGAGGUUUUGAAAGCUCAACAGGAAAAGUUUGAGCAUAUUUCACGGCUUGUUUCGAAAACGUUUGAAAAAGUUUAAUAAGAAAAUAAUCUUUCUUUUCAAUAAUUAUUGUGAAGCAAGUAACUGUUCAAUGUUAUAUGUGACUUUCAAAAAUGACAACUUUAAUAACCUAGGAGCUAUUCCAAGACUGUGGUCGGUGCAAAGACGACUUUCCGCGGCAGCCAACGGCAGUGUUCGAAAUGCUCUGAAAUUGUCUCAGACUUUGGGUAAAAACACUGUAGGACUUACUUUGCAUCACUUAGUUUUCAGGGCGAAAAUUCUUGCCAGAUUCUUAUUUACGGCCUCUUUUCCGACGUUUCUACAGGUUUCAUCGCGUUCAAGUUGCUUUUUAUCGCUAUGUUGGGAGCGAAAAAGUUUGUUUUUCUUCUGAUACGCAAACUGGGAAAUGGAUAUUGAUUCAGUUCUGCUCUGGAUCUUCGCUCGACUCGCUCCUGGUUUCUCCCUCGCUGGACCCCUCUGUCACGGCUUCUUUCGUCUUCCUACACGUCAACGACUCCAUCACAGUCUGCGCCUCUCUCUCCACCGCAGCUUUUUCGAAACCACGACGCCUUCUUGAUAUGUUCAAGGUUUUCCGAUAACUCACGAAGUAGAAACUGUUGGGCGAACCAGAGCGAGACGCAGAAGAUAAUCGGACACCUUUCAAUCAGACUUCUCUCUUUGCCGCAGACGACGAUCCUAUGUACACCGCCUCUCGAAAUUUCAGCCGAAGAAAGUCGAUUCGCGGUUGUAGACGAACUGUCUAGUCCUGAACAGGUUCCGACCCGGAAAUUAGACAAAAGUACAAACAGUUUCCAGGUCACAACUUCUGAUGGACCGGAGACAUCUUCUGAGGUCGAAACAAAGCAAGAUUUCACGCUGGAAGAGCUCUACGAUCUUCUGGCAGUGGUGCAAGAACAACUGGACGGCAUGAGGGCCAAUCCGCAGGUUCUUUCUUGUUCCUUAAAACUUACCAUAAGUACUGUUGCACUUUUUCGAAUUUCAUGUGAUUUGAAACUCCUCCUGAAAAUGUUUUCUAUAGUUUUUUUUGCUAACUCCUCAAUUUCUUUUAUAGGUUUGCAUUUUUCUUUACGAUAAGGUAUCCCUUAUUUCAUUUCUUAUGAAACGCCCUUUUGGAGAUCUCUGAAGCUCUGUUCUGCAGGGGGACCGCGGCGACUACGUUCAGAAGCUGGCGGCCUUGGAGUCGCGGAUGCACGAGUUCCACUCUUCUAUCGCUCAGAGACACAAAGCCAACUUCCUCAAGUCGGACGCUGUGGAGAGCGUCCUGGCGCCUUACAAAUCACAGAACAGUUCGUUUAGUCUUACUGUACUGGCUAUAAAGUCCUACCUUCGCAUCUUCGACUGUGAAUAUGUUCCAAAAGUAGUCAAAAUGAGAGAAACUCUGCUUUCUCCUAAAGUAAUGGUGCCUAGAAUGGAAAAGAAAUAAGCUCGUUGUCUAAUAAAACUUCAAACUUCAGGGACGCAACCUAAAAUUUUUCGAAGUUUGAACCUACUUUAGUUUUCAUAAUUUAAAUUUUUCCAUCAGGUAAAAAAUAUUGAGUUUUGAUUGUUAAUGGAUUUUUUUUCAAAUAAAAAAUGUUCACUGCAACUUUAUUGAUUUUAUUCUUUUCUGCAGUUUUGCAAAUGAAGUUCAGGAAUCUCUUGAAAAGACAGUUUCAAAUGCAACUUUUCCAUUUAAAAAUCUCCUUUUCAAGCAAUCAAAGCUUUAAAAAAACGCGUAUUUGCCGAUUUUAGGAGGGCGUCGCUUCAGCCGGGAGUAUAACCGGACCGAAGGAAGUGCCAGUCGAAAAGCUUCUUUCUGA